CGCUAGGAGGCGCGCGCGCGGCCGCGCGGGGCUUCGCUUCGCGCUUUGACCCCCCGCGCGGCCCGUCGUCGGCCGCGGCGGCGGGAAGAUCCGAGGGGCAGCCGCGCCGCCGCCUGUCUCCGCCUCGGCGCGCCCGCCGCGAUGGAGGAGGCCGAGGCCGAGGAGCAGCAGCAAUUCUCCUAUCAGCAGAGGCUGAGGGCGGCCGUGCACUACACCGUCGGUGGGCUUUGUGAGGAGGUGGCCGCGGACAAGGAGGUGACGUUCAGCAAACAGACCAUCGCCGCGAUCUCGGAGCUGACCUUUCGGCAGUGCGAAAAUUUUGCCAAAGACCUGGAAAUGUUUGCAAGGCACGCGAGAAGAAGCACCAUCAACGCGGAGGACGUGAAGCUGUUGGCCAGGAGGAGCAACCCACUGCUAAAGUACAUCACAGAGAAGAGUGAAGAGCUCGCGCAAUUGAACCUAGAGCGAAAAAGCAAGAAGAAAAAGAAGUCAGGGGAUGAGAAGAAAACUCCAGGCGAGCCGGCCGAGGGGGGAGCUGUGGAGGACAGUGAGGGCUAGACUUGCCCUGGAGGAGACUUUGCAGGGAAGUGGCCAGCGUGAGAGAGACGGAGUUCUCCGCUGUUUCGCUGCUGUUAUUCCGCUGUCACUUUACGGCAGCCCUUGUGGGGGAGGCAGGAAAUCUUCAAAGCAAGCACGCGAUCGAGAGCGUGUGUGUGGCAGGAUUUUGGAAAUCAUUUCUUAUA